UACUGGUAGUGAUCAAAUAAUGAUGACCGUGUCUCAGACUCCUCGAAAAUAUACUGUCACCAUGAAACAAGCUUGAACCUCGGUCUCACCAACAUCUAUCGAGAUGUUGUCGUCCAUCUUACAAAAUUUCAGCUCAUCAUUGACCACAGUUCAUUCAUUGUUGUCUCCUCCAUCAGCACAUUCUGACCGCCUGACCUUGUCAGAUUUGAACGAUGACGUCCUUCUUCACAUCUGUGGAUUCCUCACUAUCUACGCUACUCAAGACUAUGGAUCUCGCCAGCAUAAUAGAUAUAUCAAACCAUUAUCUCUCGUGAACCGUCGUCUCCAUGAAAUCACCAGCAUCAUACUCUUCAAGAGCUUCAUCGUCAGUGCAAAAGACGACAGAAACGAUGGCGACUGGGAAGCAGGACGCCGCUUCAUCCUCGAUCUCCUACACUAGGACCCAAUCCUCCUCCGCAACAUCAAAACACUGAAAUUCAACAUCUACACCGCAGGACCACCAAAGCACGAAGCUCCUACAGUCAACAUUCAACUCUUCGUCACCCUCUUAUCCAAACUCUCCCACCUCCACCACCUCGAA